GACAAGGGGAGUUUCAGCCUGCGCGCUCCCCCUGUCCGCAUCGUUGCCGCUAGAAAUUAGAUAGGCCACCGGGCGAGAGCAACCCCUCUUCUCCUCGACCCGCUUUUGGCCUCAUCUCCCCUCUUUUCCUCCUCCCUCCGUCGCCUUCUGGGGAAAAGGUGGAGACGCCGUCGUGUAACGGCGCCGGCGCCUCCGCCAACUGGCAGCCCCCAUGGCGUUUUCCUCCAACUCCCCUCGGUAGACGACGACGCCGACGAGGGAGCCCUUAUACCCUCCUCUCCCCCACCCUAACCCUAGAUCCAAGAACAAGAGCGGAAACCUAGCCGCAUCUGGAUCGACCCGGAGGGGAGAGGAGGGACGUCAUCGCCAUUUUUGACAUCGAGAUCGCCAUGAGCCGCCGGGGUUACGUCACGCUUCCCAUCAUCCUCGUGCUCGCCACCGUCGCGUUCCUCUACUACGCGACCGUCUUCGUGGUGAUCGAUGAGUGGUUGGGCCUUUGGACCGCGGCGGGGCUGGGGAACGCCGCCGUCUUCACCUUCUUUACCCUGAUGGCAGUGGCGAACUAUUUGAUCGCCGUAUUCGGGGAUCCGGGUCGCGUGCCGCCGUCCUUUAUGCCCGACGUGGAGGACGCCGACAACCCGAUCCAUGAAAUCAAGCGGAAGGGUGGAGAUCUGAGGUAUUGCCAGAAGUGUUCUCACUAUAAGCCUCCCCGUACACAUCACUGUCGUGUUUGCAAAAGAUGUAUUUUGAGAAUGGAUCACCACUGUGUCUGGAUAAACAAUUGUGUAGGGCAUGAAAACUAUAAGGUCUUUAUUAUUUUUGUGCUGUAUGGCGUGAUUGCCUGCAUCUACUCGAUGGUUCUUCUUGUUGGAAAUUUUACUCGUGAUCCACAGAAGGAUCAGGUUCAGAGUAGUGACUCUAAUAAAAUAACAUAUCUUAUUGCUGGGAUUAUUCUGUGUCCCUUAACUUUGGCGCUAAGCAUCCUGUUGGUUUGGCAUAUUUACCUUAUCCUGCAGAACAAGACGACAAUUGAGUACCAUGAAGGAGUCAGAGCAAUGUGGAUAGCAGAAAAAGUAGGAAAUAUGUACAGACAUCCAUAUAAUGUUGGUGUCUAUGAAAACCUUGUUUCAGUACUAGGGCCUAACAUCUUUUGUUGGUUCUGCCCUGUAUCCAACUACAAAGGCUCCGGUCUCCGCUUUCGCACUGCAUUUGAAAACCUUCCAAUAUCUACAACACUACCUUGAUGCAUCAGGUGGCAAAGGUCAAGUGGUUUGUUAAUACUGUUACCAAAAACAAAGAGUAGUUUGUUAAAGGAGACGGACACCGCGUAAACUUCCGUGGCCGAGCCUCACUUUGGAGUGCCGGUUACGCGACUUCUUUUGGUCUGACGUGGAGGCGUCAAGUUACUUUUGUGGGUGGUUUAUAAAUAGGGACAAGUAGAUGGAACGUUCUUUGCUGGGGGAGUAUUCAAAAGGUUUGAAAGCAUAUGCUAUGAAUAAACUUUAGUCCACUGUAAUAUAAAUGUUGAAUUAUAUGCUGCCUCGUGGUGAUGUAUUUUGAUAUGCUCGUAAGCCCCAGCAUCCUCCCCUGUUCACGUUGGUCACCAGGAAAUGCAGGCAUUAGAAUCUGACAUUCUCGUU